AGGAACUUGUUCUGGUGGUGGGGUGGAAAAAUCCACGUGUUAAACAAGCAGCAACCUGAUUGAGGACAUGCUAGGUAGAAAAGAAUCCUGUGCUUCAGGACAGUUACCAAUGACCAGCCUCAGCUGCCUUUUCUAUGCAUUGGAAGAAUGGACUAUUGUGGAGCUCCUGAAGAAAUACAUUUUUCAUCUGAUCAUUGCCUCACUGACAAUUAGUGCAAUAUUGGUUUUUUUUAUAGUUCCUUUAACAAUUGUCUUUUUCAUUUACCUUACUAAUAUUUUGCUUUUAAUAUAUCAGAGGAACAAUGAGUUAAAAGCAGAUCCCUUGAGUGAUGUUUGGAAUGGUGUAAGAAAAACUAUAGCAGGCUUUUGGGAUAUAUAUGCAAGAAUAUGGCAUGGUUAUGAGCUUCAUGGUGUGAAAAACCUCCCAGAAGGACCAGGAAUUCUUGUCUAUUACCAUGGAGCUAUUCCUAUAGACUACCUUUACUUUUUGUCUAGGCUGUUUCUGUGGAAGAAAAGACUUUGCCUGUCAGUAGCUGAUCAUUUUGUGUUUCGUUUACCAGGACUUAGGUUACUGUUGGCUGUGACGGGUGUCAUACCAGGUACGAGGGAGGAGUGUCUUGUUGCCCUGAAGAAAGGAUACUUGGUGUCCAUCUCACCGGGUGGAGUUCGAGAGGCCCUGUUCAGUGAUGAAAGUUAUCAGCUGAUGUGGGGAAAUCGAAAAGGCUUUGCUCAGGUGGCUCUAGAAGCAAAAGUGCCCAUCAUUCCAAUGUAUACUCAAAAUGUCCGUGAAGGCUAUAGGAUGUUUAAAGAAAGAAGAUUUUUUAGACAGUUAUAUGAGAGCACACGAUUGCCUUUUACUCCUCCAUACGGAGGACUUCCAGUUAAAUUUCGCACAUACAUUGGGCAGCCAAUCCCUUACGACCCAAAUAUAACUGCAGAGGAAUUAGUUGAAAAGACCAAGGCUGCUGUCCAGGCUCUCAUAAGCAAACACCAAACAAUCCCAGGCAGCAUAUGGAAGGCUUUACUGGAGAGAUUUGAUAAACGUCGUAAAAGUGAUUAGAAUGCUCAUGUUCAUUGCAUUGGUUUUACAGCCUACAGUAAAAAACCAUGUCCUACAGCACUGGUAACUAAUAGUUGGUGUUAACCAGUUUAAAUUACAAAUUUCUACAGAUUUGGUGGAAGAAAGCAAUUAACCUUUAGGAAGUUCCCCCAUGUCUUUGAGAAUUCCCUGAACUAAGAAAGACUGAUGAAGAUGACUUAUGUAUUAUAGCAAUGCAGCAGCUAAAUUCCCCCAAAGGAAAUCAUGCAGCCAAGGUUUCCCUGGUUCCUAAAACAAGUUUGUACUUACAUCUGAGGGCUUUAGUGGUGUUGUCUAGAUCUUGUGUGCUUGAGUUUUGAGCACAGUCUGGUCUCAGAGCAGAGCCUCAGGGCUGGUGUUGUCCCACCAGAGACCACCCCACAGGGAGCACCUUCCCUGAUGGGCCCCAAGCAAGACAUGUCAGAACAGACUGUCUUGCUUUAGAUAAUCAGCUACUGCUUACACCUUCCUCCUAGAGACUACAAAAAGAGACAAUCCCAUUAAAACAGAUGUUAGACUCCUUCAAACACAUCAUCUUAGUAGCGUGGAAAGCAGGACUGUGUGCAUCCAAGAUUUCUUCCCCACAGAAAAAGGUUUUUUAAAGAGAGGGAAAAAAAAGCUUUAGUUCAGUGUAGCAAAUAUUGCAAAUACACGUAGAAGGUAGUUUCAAGUCUGAGCUGGUGCGUGCAUGCUCUAUUGCACCACACAAUAGUUGCCUAGUGGAUGAGGCUGCCCCAGCCUGAAAACCCCUGGAUGGUGUGUGCAGUAUGGUUGUGCUGUAUUUACUCAAAUCUCCCAGUGACCAGGCUCAGGGGGAGCUUUCUCUGGCAGUGCAUCUUUGAGGCUGAUCAUCACUGGUGGUUUGCCUGAUAAUGCAGUAGUGCAACACUGCUGGUACACAUUGAACCAAAAUGCCUGUUUGGAAAGGCAGUCUUGUCUUCCUAAUGCAACUUGUGGAAAACUGAGAGUUGGUGCAAAGCAGAAUGUGUUUUUACAGGCUGUGGGAUGUUGUUACUGGUGGUAGUGGGACAACUUUGUGUAAUCUAUCCAAUAUGCCACUAAAUGCAACCAACUCAACUUCAAAGACCAAGACAGGUAAUUUUUGUGCCUCAUUUUCCUUCAUGUACUUUUAAUAUGUAAAUAAUCUUUCCUCUCAACAUACUAAAAGGUUUCAUAGCAUCUAAGGAAAUAUAUGUAAUGUUUGCCCAUUUUUCAGUAGAAAAUGAAAUCUGCUCUUUGGAUUAAAAUAAAUUCUUUCCUGACCCUG